UUUGGCGCAAAUAACCACGCUAUUCCGUGCUCUCCAGUUUACAAAAAUAAUUUGUAAUUUGUUUAAGAACUUGUCUGUCUUAUGUGUGCUGUGUAGUAUACUUGUAUUAUAUAAAGUAUAACGCAAUCCUAUAUGGAAAUCUCUAACUAAGUCACCUGGAUGUAUUUAUAGCGGAAAGGUUCGCGAAAAUAAUUAAAUAACGGUUAGCGCGAGGAAAAUCCAUCGAUCCGACAGCUGUGGCUGUUAAUCUUACCUGAUCGCUGGUUAGGUGGAUUAAGGAAAAUCUGAGGUAUUGGGUGGGCAAUAAAGUUUGCACCCCGUUCAUAUUUUACCUGAUCAUUGUAUAUAAGCCAUUAGCAAAAUGCCAGAAAGCCACAGUUACAAACUGAAACGUCUAACGUCAACAACCAGACAGCGAACUAAUCCAAAAAUGGUCCUGACCAAUUCCACGCCAAACAGCUCGUCCCAGCACAACCACCAGAUGGUGGUGGACACCGCGGCCAUGAACAGUGAGGAUCUCAGCGAGCUGCUGCAGCUGAACGCCGAGAUCGAGGAACGUCGUCGCUCCUGCCGCUUUGGAGAUGCCAGCACCGCCUGUGGCCUGCUCCGUGCUACGAUGACCAGGGAGGAGCUCUUCGAGAUCUCCUCGCUGGACGACGACCGCUUCCUGACCGCCCUGGAGCACCAAAACUCGUUUGCAAGUCCGCGCCGUGUGCAGGUUACCGACCUGGACCUGUCCAGCAUCGAGAAUCUGAUGAAGUACUUCGACGAAGAGGUACCUGUAACGCCCACAAAGACACUGGGCACCACCAAGGCAACCACAACCACGGGCAUGGUGGCCAGCACCAUCGCCAAGUUGUCCCUCCAGACGGAACCGGUCACGCCGCCCAAGCCAAAGGUUGGCAGUGGCCACCCGAAGAUCAGCGAACUCAAGCAGAAGUACGAACAGCUGCCGGAGAUGGAGACGCCACGCUCUGCCUACCAGGGAUCCAGAAAGGCAUCCGCCUCGCUGCCCAUGAAGGUCAAGGAGAUGGCCCAGCUGUUCAACUCGAAGAUCAGCCAGGUAAUGCGACGCACUGAGGAACCGCAGUAUGUGCAGCUGCAAAAUGAGCUGUCGCCGGAGGUCAAGGCCCAGAGCCGCCUGGUCUCGCCCUUAGAAUCCCCAGUCCAGGGACCCUGCCUGGUGGCCGAGGAGGUUUUCCGCGAGCUGAGCGUGAAGGACAAGGCGCUGCUGUUCAACAAGUUCAUCGGCGACAUGGCAGCCAAGCAUCCCAAGUUUAACGCCCAUGCCGCGGAUCUCAAGGAGAAGGUGAACAAGCAGGUGGCCCGCGGCGAGGUGGUGGCUGAACGGCAAGCCAGUGUCAAGCAUCUCGCCCAGGAGCUGGAGGCGAAGUGUAUCCUGGAGCCGGUAUCGCCACCGCGACCAGGCGGUGUCUCUCCCCCCAAGACAACUGAGAGCAAAACAGAGACAAGCACCUCCGAGCUCCAUGUGAGCACACUGACUGUGAUCCUCAAGCCGAGUCCGGAGCGCAGAGCUCCACUGGCCCGACCCCGUCGUUGCCUGGACCGCCAGAGUGAUGAGCAUGCCCGAGAGCCAUCCCAGAAGCGAAACCUCGACGCGAUUCGCACCGUCAUGCCAACGGAGGCCUAUGCGCCGCCCAAGAAGAUCCGACGCACCCGGCAGGAGCGCUCCGGUGCGGAUAACCAAAUGUUUUUUCAGAACGAACAACUCGAGACGCUGUUCUACAGCUGGCUCAGCACGGAGAAUGGUGUCCAGUUCGACAUUACGAGUGUGUCUAACGGUCAGCAGACCAUUGAGAUAGCCACCGAGGAGGGUGAGCUUCUGGAGCAGCCACUGCUCGAGCCGAGCACCGCUGCGCUGGAGGAUGUGAGCCAGAAGUCCGCGGUCGAGCGGCUUCUGGAGGAGGCCAUAGCCAAACUGGAGCGCGAUAACGAGUCCAGGAAGGUGGCACAAGUCGAGGAAAAGAAGGAGGUAGAGGAGUCGGUCGUCCAAGUCACUCCGAGACGCAUCAAGCGCCAGGCACCGCCAGUGCCGGCUCCACGACCCAGUCUAAGCCAGGUCACCUCCAGUGCAUCCAGCUGCAAGCAGUCCGAGGCUGAGGAAAGCGAAUCCGGGUUGUCUACUCUGCCCAAGAUAACCAGCGACGAAUCCCAGCCGGACACGCCAAAGGAUGACUUGCAGUCAGGUGAAUUUGACUUCGCCAAGCCCCAGCGUCCGCCACGCAAGAAGAAGAUGCGCCGCACUCUCACCUGGAAGAAGGAGAACUCCAUUGUGGAGGCAACUGCCAUAACGUCCACGGACUCCGAUUCCGAUUACAAGCCGCCGCUUUCGGGGGCAGGCAAAAAGAAGAACCCACUUGCACUUCCACUGCCCGAGCAAAGCUUCAUUGAGCUGGACAAGUCACUGAUGCGCCACUUGAACUCGCCCCGGAAGAUCAAGUCGGCGUACACCCUCACCGUGAUGUCCUCGCCCUCGCCGAAUGCCGACAGCGAUCAGUCUCCCAGUCAGACACCAAGGCAAUCCCUGGUGCAGGCCAUGCGGGACAGUUUCGUGGACCAGGGCUUUGAGACGUGCUCGAACGAUCCCAUGGACAACAGUCCGAUACGCCGAUCCUCGGUGGGAGGCACGAACUCGAAGCCCUCCGGCUUUUCAACGCCCGUUAAGGGACGCCACGCGGCCAGUCCGGCGCAACAGCAGCUCUUCAGUCCGAUUCUAAUCCAGGAGCGACCUCGCCGCAGUUCCCUGGCCAUGCAAGUGAUCCGGGAGGAUCAUCCGCUCGACCUGGACGCCACCUCCAGCUCACCCUCAACACCGUGCAGCGAGCGGGAGUUCUUCGCCAAUGCCCCGACAGUCGAGAUCGACAACUCCCAGGAUGAGAGUCCGACCAGCAAGGCGCACUCAAUGUUCUGGAUCACCUCCGGCGACUUCACUGUCUCGCUGGAGAUCUUCAAGAACAGCCCGGAACGGCUGCGUCUGCUCUACGAGAUCUUCACGCAGAAGAGCUGGGAGACUCGUGACCUGGCCUUUGGCAUCGACGGUCACAAGUUCAGUCGCGAAUCCGAAUCCGUCCGCCAGUCGCUGCCCGAGCGUCCGCCCAGCGUGAAGGGCUGCUCCCACUACUGGUUCGCCAGCGGAGAUCUCGCCGUGCCCUUCAGCGGCAAACUGAUGUCCGGCGAGAAGAUCGAGCGGCUGUUCGCCUUCCUCAACGGCGAGCAGUCGGAGCUGCGCUUCGGCGUGGACCACAUCGAGUUCAGCAGCGUGCCCGAGUUCUGGCCCACCACCCAGAAGUAUUCGAUCGAGAGCAGCUACAGCAUGCUGGUGGGUCUACAGGCGGGUGCCAGCAACGGGCUGGAGGGACGCAGCAAGUACUCCUGGCCCAAUAGCAGCCUCAGUGCCAACCAGGCGAUCAAGACCAGCGACCUGGAUCAGACAGAGUUCGAGUCCGACAGCUUCGGCAACAACAGUGGCCGGCUGUCCUUCUCGCCGGACCUCUUCUCCCUGGACUACGAGGCAGUGCCACUGGACGAGCUAUUCGCCAAGGCUCCGCCGUCUGGCGCCGCACCGGCCAUGUCCGUGCCACAAAUGAUGCAGACGCUCAAGCAGCAGCAGUCCAAACUUCGCAGUGUGGAGCAGCGCAUUCGCGGCUACGCCAAACCCGCCAAUCUGGCCGACUCCUCGCUGGAGCACUGCCGCAAUACGCCGCAGUAUGUCCACAAGCUGCGCUCCGUCAUCCGGGCCAUCGACAACAUUGGACGCGACGAUGGCUUCCGCGGCUGCUCGAUGGAGCAGCUCGAGAGCUUCAUGUACUUCCUCAGCGAGUAUGCGGAUGUGUGCCUGGCCAACUGCAGCGAGCACAUGGACAAGAUUCUGGACACACUGAUGGACCGGAGGGCCGUGGAGGUCUGAUUUUAAGAUUCAAGAUAUUUUAAGAUUCAAUAACCAAUUAGUUCCUAGACAUUAACAUAUAAUGUUACAAAGACUUUAGAUAAUAAACUUUAAAGCGAAAGUUAAA